AUGGCAUCACCGGCGACAAAGCGAGUUCCAUCAGCGAAAAAGCAUUUAGUACCGCCUAAGAAGUCCAUGGGAAGAGACUCAGCUUCCCAAAGCCCUUUACCUGAUCAGGGAGCAUCAGAGAUCAAGCCUGUAAACCAGGCGAAACCCAUCAACAAGCCCUUGACACCAACAGCACCCAAGAAGAAUAUUCGAAAGUUGCCAAAGAAAUCGGGAACCCGAGAAUUGUCUCCAGCCUCCCAAGAGAAAAAGGUAUCGCAAAUCAAGUCUCCGAAUGUCGACAAACCUGGGACACCAGAUGAAGGGAGUGCAGUCAACUUGGACAAUGAGGAGCCACUGCCAAUAAGAGAGUCCGUCGAAGAGCAUAAAGAGGCGGUUGAAGUCCCAGAAGAUGCGCAACAGGUGGCAGAAAUUCCCUCUAAAGAGCAGAGAAAAUCUGAAACGACAAAAACUGAUUCCGCCUCUGGGUCGGGUGGGGUCUCAUUUUUCCAGCGAGGGAAGAAUGCAGCCUCGCGUAUUUCGGAUCUAACGGGCACCGUCAGAGAUCUCAGCAAUCGGGCUACCGCUGGGGAAUCGCAGGGCGCUUUCGACGACAUUCAAGAUAACAUUCGAGGUGUCGCCAAAAAGUUCAAGCCUGACGAAGGGGGUGUUGCCAGCAAACUCAUGGAGAAGAUUCCCAGUCUCCCCACGGAUUUGUCUGAGUUGAAGGGGCUUGAGGUUAGCGAAGAGGGACAGAUCUUUGACAAUGAUGGCAAUGCAGUUGGAACACUCGUCGAAGGCGACCCCAGCGACCUUGCUGGCCACGUGGUUGGGGAAGGUGGUGAGAUUUUAGAUGAGGAUGGGGAUCUGAUUGGCAGAGUUGAGCUUGUCAGCGACGAGACUUCAAAGCGGGCCGAUGCAGUCGAAGAAGCGGUGGACACAGAUAAUGUCCCCAGCUUGCAGGACCUCGCAAAUCUGCCAGUCGCAGAGGACGGCUCAGUCAAAGACGACGACGGUCGAGUAUUGGGGCGACUUGUUGAAGGUGACCCGGAUGAUUUGGUGGGCCGAACUGUUGAUGAGAAUGGCGAAGUACUCGAUGAAGAUGGAGACUUGAUCGGACGAGUCGAGCCUAUUUCCUCAAAGCAAGUUGAAGAGCCGGCCGGUGAAGCCGAGCCCACUGGUGGGGUGUUGCUUCCAGGCGUUGCCAUCCUUCGGGGCAGAGAAAUCAACAGAAAUGGGAAGAUUCUGAAUGAUAAGGGCGAGGAUUUAGGCCAAGUUGUCGAAGGUCAAGAUCCUAGGCAUAUGUCAGGAAAGGUGCCAAAUGAACUGGGUCAAGUGAUGGACAUGACCGGAGAGGUGAUUGGACAAGUUGAACCAGUGCCAGGCGAGGCUGCCAACAUUGCGAUGCAAGAACUCGAAGACAAGAAGGCAGCUUUCAAAAAGAAAGAAGCAAACAAAUCACCGGAAAUUCCCCAGGAAUUACCUGACAUCUCCACGCUAGAAGGCCUGAAAUGCAACAAGUUCGGACACAUUGUCGACGAGGAUGGUGUGCCAGUUGGUGAACUUAUUGAGGGCAACCCCAAAGAGGUAUCUAAGGGAGGAUUCCGGCUAGAUCAUCGUGGUCAAUUCUGGGACAACAGAGGAAAUAUCUUGGGCGUAGCACAAACAAUCCCAAUUGAAGAGGAGGACCAGCGCCCAUUCGCAGGGUUUGAAGAUCUUGUCGUGGUCACUGAUGGCUGGGUCGAAGACGCAACUGGCGCUCGAGUAGGCCAGGUUGUUGAUGGGGAGAUAAAGAAGCUUCUUGGUCGGGCUGUCGAUGACGAUGGAGAUAUUUUGGAUAAGCGAGGCAAUCUUAUUGGACACGCUGAGCCCUGGGAAGAGCCGGAACCAGAGGCAGAAGAGGUCGAUUUCUCUUCCGUGGAAGGUCUCUCGCCUAACAAGCUAGGCUUUGUUAUUGGGCCAGACGGCGUGUUGUUAGGCCGUGUAACGGAAGGGGACUUGAAAAAGGUUGCUGGUAGGACCAUCGACCACGAAGGUCAGCUGUGGAGCGACGAUGGCCAGGUUAUUGGACGGGUUGAGCUGGUUGCGGAAGAGGAGCAUGAGGUAUUGGGGCCUUUUAGCGGCCUAGGUGAUCUGAUGGUCAGACAAGACGGGCUUGUUGAAACUGAGGAAGGCAUUGUUGUUGGCAGGAUCAUUGACGGAGAUCCUAAAGAAUUACGGGGUAAAGCUGUGGAUGAUGAUGGAGACAUCAUGGAUAAGGUGGGCAACGUGAUAGGACGCGCUGAGCCAUAUACUCCAUCCGAAGUCUCUGAAGAGUCAGAGGGAGACCUGUCCGAACUUGAAGGGAUGACAGUCAAUAAAUUUGGAAAUGUCGUCGACGAAAACGGGGCAGUCUUUGGACGGCUUGUCUCAGGAAAUCCCAAGAAGCUGAAUGGAAAGAAGGUGGAUGGAGAAGGUCAGAUUUGGAGUGACGAUGGGAAAGUCCUGGGCAAUGUUGAACUUAUUCCUGCCGCCGAGCGAGAGCAACCCGAAGGGGUGUUUUUUGGGCUCGAUGGACUGACUGCAACAAUGGAUGGAUAUGUGAUCACUCCAGAAAGGGAAGUGGUUGGUAGACUAAUCGACGGGGAACCGACAAGACUUGUUGGCCGUGCCGUCGAUGAAGAUGGCGAAAUUGUGGACAAAGUGGGCAAUGUCAUCGGCCGUGCAGAGCGAUGGACCCCCGAGGAAAAGGAACGCGAUAUUAACCCGAUGAGUGGCCGAAAAGUCAACCGAGAUGGCGAGGUCCGCGACGAAGAUGGUAAUCUGAUAGGCAGGCUUACUAUGGGUAACCUCAAAGCCUUGAUAGGGAAGACGGUGAAUGAUAGUGGCUAUAUCGUUGACAACGAUGGAAAUCAAAUUGGCGAGUGCACACUGGAGGAGAACCUACCAGACGCCGUACCUGAGCCCGAACUAUCACCCGAGGAAGCUGAGCAGCAGGCCAAAGAGGAACAUGACCGAGAUUUGGCGAAGAAGAUAUCAUCCGUUAUACAGCAAACACUUGAAUCAGUGGAGCCGCUCUGCAAACAGAUCACACAGCAUCUUGAAAGAGCCGAUCGUACGCCACGAGAGGAGUUGGAUGAAGAGAAACUAGUCCAGACCGUGAAGCCUCUUAUUGAAGAUGCCGGAAACAUGCUGCAGGAGUGUAAGAGCACCAUUAGGGCGCUCGACCCCGAUGGGUCCAUCGCUGCAUCCGCAAAGGCUCACAGUGCUUCUCACGAGGCGACACCGGAAGAAUAUCAGCUAGCAGAUCUUUUGAAACAACUGACUCAAACUGUGACGACUACCAUUGACAAUGGCCGUCAGAAAAUCGCAGAUAUGCCCCAUGCGAAGAAGAAACUCAAUCCGCUGUGGACAUUGCUAUCCGAACCACUUUUCCAAAUUAUUGCGGCAGUCGGCUUGCUUCUAAGUGGUAUUCUCGGUCUUGUCAAUAAUCUUCUGAGCGGACUUGGCCUUGGUGGUCUUGUUCGUGGUCUUCUCGGUGGUCUUGGAAUCGAUAACCUGAUGAACAGUCUCGGUUUGGACAAGUUGGGCAUUGGAAAGUGA